GGUGUGCGCAGGCCUUUGGCCGGACCGGGCCCGCGGUCGCCGCCGGCACGAUGCACCGGCGCCUGCAGGUGGUUCUGGGCCACCUGACGAACCGGCCCGAACCGGGGCCGCAGGCCGCGCCGUGCUCCAGCAGCGCCCGCCGGAGCCCCGACCAUGACGACGACGUCGUGGUGGUGCACGGGCGGCGGACGGCCAUUGGCAAGGCGGGCCGGGGCGGCUUCAAGGACACCUCCCCAGAUGAGCUCCUGGCGGUGGUCAUGACGGCCGUCCUCCAGGACGUGCAGCUGAGCCCGGACAAGUUGGGAGACAUCUGUGUGGGGAACGUGCUGCAGCCUGGUGCAGGAGCAGUGGUAGCACGCAUCGCCCAGUUCCUCAGCGGGAUUCCAGAAACUGUGCCCUCAGGCAGCGUCAACAGGCAGUGCUCCUCUGGGCUGCAGGCCAUCCUCAACAUUGCCGGUGGCAUCAGAAAUGGCUCUUAUGACAUCGGCCUGGCCUGUGGGGUGGAGUCCAUGUCUCUUGCUGAGAGGAGCAAUCCGGGAAAUGUGACCUCCCGCCUGCUGGAGAAUGAAAAAGCCCGAGACUGCCUCAUCCCCAUGGGGAUCACAUCAGAGAACGUCGCCGAGAGGUUCGGCAUUUCCCGGCAGAAGCAAGAUAUCUUCGCUUUGGCUUCUCAGCAGAAGGCGGCCCGAGCCCAGAAGCAGGGCCUGUUCAAAGAGGAGAUCGUGCCGAUGACCACCACAGUCCUGGACGAGCGGGGGCAGGCACAGACGCUCACGGUGGAGCAGGACGAGGGCAUCCGGGCGGCCACCACACUGGAGGGCCUGGCCAAGCUCAAGCCUGCAUUCAAGGAGGGGGGCUCCACCACGGCGGGUAACUCCAGCCAGGUCAGCGAUGGGGCAGCUGCCGUCCUGCUGGCCCGGCGGGCCCGAGCGCGGGAGCUGGGCCUGCCAGUGCUUGGAGUGCUGAGGUCUUAUGCUGUGGUGGGCGUGCCUCCUGACAUCAUGGGCAUUGGUCCCACCUAUGCCAUCCCAGCCGCCCUGGCAAAGUUGGGGCUGACCGUUAAGGACGUUGACAUCUUCGAGAUCAAUGAGGCUUUUGCCAGCCAGGCUGUCUACUGCGUGGAGAAGUUGGGGAUCCCCUUGGAGAAGGUGAACCCCCUGGGAGGCGCCGUGGCACUGGGGCACCCACUGGGCUGCACUGGGGCCCGCCAGGUGGUCACGCUGCUCAAUGAGCUGCGCCGCAGGGGGAAGAGGGCCUAUGGCGUGGUGUCCAUGUGCAUUGGGACUGGCAUGGGGGCCGCAGCCGUCUUCGAGUACCCGGGAAAGUGAUGCCCGCCCCCCACGGUCACCAUGCAGGAGCGGCAGCCUCAGCCUGGCACCGUGUACACUGGCACCUGAGUCCGGCCUGUGCUGGGGUCCCCACGCCAUUCCGUUCUGGCCCAGGUGAGGUAUGGCUCCCUUGGGCUCAUCCCUGGCGCUACCACCUGGGCCGCCAACAGCCUGCCUGACUCUGUCCUGCCUAUCCCUGGUCUAGUCCAGCCCAGGCUGCAGGGCCAUCCCUUCAAUAAUGGUUCUCCCCUUGCUGUGAUGGUUUGAUUUUAACCAAAUAAACUGAGCGCUGAAGGCAGUUACACACGCUAA